CCUGGGUGGCGGCCGACGUCGUCCAGUUGUCUGCAGGGAAAGAUGGCGGUACGGAAGAAAGACGGCGGCCCGAAUGUCAAAUAUUUCGAAGCGUCCGAUACAGUCUCUCAGUUUGAUAAUGUGCGCGUCUGGCUGGGAAAGAAUUACAAAAAGUACAUCCAAGCGGAGCCCCCAACCAACAAGUCUCUGUCUAGUCUUGUGGUCCAGCUUCUCCAAUUUCAAGAGGAGGUGUUUGGCCGACAUGUCAGCAACCCCCCGCUCACCAAGCUGACUAUGAAAUCUUUUCUGGACUUCAAGGCCGGAGGCGCUCUUUGCCAUAUCCUUGCAGCUGCCUACAAGUUCAAAAGUGACCAAGGAUGGCGCAGGUUUGACUUUCAGAAUCCGUCUAGGAUGGACCGAAACGUGGAGAUGUUCAUGACCAUUGAGAAGUCCUUAGUGCAGAAUAACUGCUUGAGUCGACCGGUCAUAUACUUGAGCUCUGAAAUAGAGCCGAAACUUCUGGGCAAGCUGAAAGACAUCAUCAAGAGACAUCAGGGCUCAGUGACUGAAGACAAAAGCGCCAGCUCCCACAUUGUUGUUCCAAUUCCCGGCAGCUUGGAAGAAGAGGAGUGGGUGCGCCCUGUGAUGAAGAGGGACAAGCAAGUUCUCCUUCACUGGGGAUAUUUUCCUGACAGUUAUGACACCUGGAUUCCAGCCAAUGAGGUUGAGGCCUCUGUGGAAGAUGCCCCCAGCUCAGAGAAGCCAAGGAAGGUCCACGCAAAGUGGAUUUUAGACCUGGACCAGUAUAACGAGUGGAUGAAUGAGGAGGACUACGAAGUGGGAGAAGGCCACCCCAAGAGGAAGAGGAUAUCGGCCAAGACUCUUACGGACGAGGUGACCACUGCGGAUGAGCGGAGGGACAAGAAGCCCGCCGGUGCCAAGAAGAGGAAGCGCUCGCCGUCCCCGUCUCCCACACCGCCACCGCAGGAGAGCAAGAAGAAGAACACUAAAAAAGGGCCGACGACCCCGUACACUAAAUCCAAACGGGGCCAAAGGGAAGAGGAACAAGAAGAUCUCAGUAAAGAUUUGGAUGACGCAUCACCAGUUCCAUCAUCUGAAGACGGAAAUGCAGCCAAAACAAAUAGCACCAAGAAGGAUUCAGAUUCAACACCAGUCAAGGGAGGAGCAGAUAUGGAUGAGCAGGAGGAUGAGUCCAUGGAAGUAACAGGAAAGGAGGAGGAAGAGGGCUCCUCAAGUGUUAAGGGGGAACCAAUCAAAGGCGCGGACCUUCACGAAGACAAUGUGACGGAGCAGACGCAUCACAUCAUCAUACCAAGCUACGCUGCCUGGUUUGAUUACAACAGUGUUCACGCUAUUGAGCGCAGAGCCCUUCCAGAGUUCUUCAAUGGGAAGAAUAAAUCGAAAACGCCAGAGAUCUACCUGGCAUACAGGAACUUCAUGAUUGACACUUACCGACUAAACCCUCAGGAGUACCUCACCUCUACCGCCUGUCGCAGGAACCUGGCUGGAGAUGUCUGUGCAAUCAUGAGAGUCCACGCCUUCCUGGAGCAGUGGGGCCUAAUCAACUACCAGGUGGACUCAGAGAGCCGGCCCACCCCCAUGGGCCCCCCACCCACUUCCCACUUCCACGUCCUUGCGGACACGCCGUCCAGUCUGGUACCCUUACAGCCCAAGACGUCACAGACUCCCGCGCCCCAGCAGAUAAUGUCCUUCCCGGAUAAAGUGAAAGAUAAACCAGCCGACCUGCAGAACUUUGGGCUUCGGACUGACAUGUACAGUAAGAAGAUGGGCUCCGCCAAGAGCAAGAGUGCAGCAAGUUCUAUGAGGGAUUGGACAGAGCAGGAAACACUAUUACUGCUUGAGGGAUUGGAGAUGUACAAGGACGACUGGAACAAGGUGUCGGAGCAUGUCGGCAGCCGCACGCAGGACGAGUGCAUCCUUCACUUCCUUCGCCUGCCCAUCGAAGACCCCUAUCUGGAGGAAACCUACUCGUCCCUGGGACCGCUGGCCUAUCAGCCGGUGCCUUUCAGCCAAGCAGGAAACCCCGUAAUGAGCACAGUGGCCUUCCUCGCCUCGGUAGUGGACCCUCGCGUGGCCUCGGCAGCGGCUAAAUCUGCUCUGGAGGAGUUCUCUCGUAUGAAGGAGGAAGUUCCCGCGGCCCUGGUUGAGGCUCACGUGCGGCGGGUGGAGGAGGCGGCGAGGGUCAGUGGACGACAGGACCCUCUUUACGGCCUCGAGGGGAGCGGCAUUGCCGGCACUGUCUUGGAGGAAGGCGAGAGACCGGAUGAGAACAAUGACGACAGCAAGAGUGACAGCCAGUCAAAUGAGGAGAAGAAGGAUACCAAGGACAACAAAGAUGCAGCGAAUGAGGAAGACGAGAAAGUAGCAGAGAAUGGGAAGAAAGAAGAGGAGAGAGGAAGAGAAGUUGAAGGCGAGAGGGAGGUGGACAAAGCUGAGUCGGAGAUGGGUGACAGCGAGAAGGAGAAGGAUAGAAAAGAAGGUGAGGAAGGCCAAAGGGAAUCUGAAAGUGAAGUCGAAAAGAAGGCAAAGGUGGAGCGGGACGUGGGCGAGGGCAACCUGGCCACUGCCGCUGCGUCCGCGCUGGCGGCAGCGGCCGUCAAAGCGAAGCACUUGGCUGCUGUGGAGGAGAGGAAGAUCAAAUCUCUGGUGGCACUGCUGGUGGAAACCCAAAUGAAGAAACUGGAGAUUAAACUGCGGCACUUUGAGGAACUGGAAACCAUCAUGGAUCGGGAGAGGGAGGCUCUGGAGUACCAGCGACAGCAGCUCCUGGCCGACCGUCAGUCCUUCCACAUGGAGCAGCUCAAGUACGCCGAGAUGAGAGCUCGCCAGCAGCACUUCCAGCAGAUCCAGCAUCAGCAGCACAGCCAAGCCGGGGGUCCUCAUCCUCCCCAGACCGCUUCGGUCUCCCAAGGCUCGGCCUCGGCUCAGCAAUCCGCCAGCGCGCCACAGCCGGCCCCCAGCCCCGCGCCGUCGGCCUCGGCGCCGCCGCCGGCCUCGGAGUCCCAUCCGCCUCCGGGCGCCCACGUGUCGCCCCCGUGCCCCCCCGGCCAGCCUGUGACUGGCCACUCCGGCAGCGCGCCUCCACACCACGAAUCCAACACUCCUCAACCCGCCGAAACACUUCACCCCUCUGCUCUGGUUCCACCCCCACAGUAAGAAUUGAAGAAUUGCCGUUAGAAAGAAAGAAAAAAAAAAAGCAUUUUAAUGUUUCUUAUCCAACUGGACAAUUGAUGAAAGACAAGCUUUUUAAUUUGGAUCAAGAAAAUUCAGAUGACCAGUUUACACACUACACGGUUUGACAUUUCUGGUGAACUAUGAGGGUCUUGACAUGUUUAUGCUGGAGGAAACGAAGAGUCAUCCUGUUGCUUUUACUUUUUUUAAGAGUCCUAAUUUAAUCUCGAAUCAUUCCGAUGUCUCUUCAGUCCCAUCGUCGGUACUAAUUGACAUUUACAGUAUGUUAUGAAAAAUAAUGCACUUUUAAUCUUUCAUUGGGUCUCGUUUUAAGACUUGAAGCAUCCAUGAAAUUGAACUUUAGCACUUAUGUAACCCUUUUACUGUCUUAAAUGCCUUUUCUGAAGGAUUGAUUGGAACUCUUGUGUCAAUUACGUGAAGACUGAAAUGUUGACUGAACAUAGUCUGGAUGCCAUUUGAAACAACGUACUGUAAACCGGAUCUUCUGUUACAAUUCCCAUAGUAUAUGAGAACUGAUUGCAAAUACUGACAGCGUUCCCCGCCAGUUAUUUCUGACAACAAGGAAAUAACUUAAGUACUUUAAUAAUAACGUUCCAGCACUUGGAGAGUAAAAAUAAUGUUUUGAAUUGUGAGGAAUGUACUGUAGUGCUGUCUGAAAGGAAUGACUGAAGCAGCAACCGCAAUUUGUUCAACAUUUGUGUCUAUUGCUAAACCAAAAUGUUUUUUUUUUUUUUUUAAAUCAUUUUAUCUCACAUUUAUUCAGUGAGUUUUAUUGUUGUUGUUUGUGGAAAUGAAGAGGAUUUAACCGGUUCGUUUGAAGUUACAAAAUGAAGGAAGAAAAAAAAAAAAAAGACAAGAGUUGUGUCCUUUGAUAUCUGCAACAAUAUCCUCACUUUUUAUCCAAUCGAUUUUUAUAUUUUUUACUGUUUUUCCAUCGUCUUUCUUUGAUAUCGACAUUGUAACGGAGUAUUGUUACCUUUGUAGCCUCUAACUAACCUUUGUGUGAUUGUGAGGACGUGUGUGAAGGCAUGCCUUGAAAAUCUGUAAACUUUCUUACAACCAUGCAGUUUUAUUUCCAGUACCAUUGUGUGUGUGUGUGUGUGUGCGUCUUGAAGUGUAACUCAUGUUUUGUCAGUAUUUCACAUCUCACCAGCGCUGUGAGUAAAGUUACCGACUUCUGUGUUAUGACUCCAUCGCGUUGACAUUGUGAUAAGAAAAACAGCGUUUACAGAAUGUGCGUGUUCAGUUCCUGUAUGUUUUCACUCGACCGAAGGAAGCAGCUCUUGCAUUGAUCAUUCCAAAAUGUCCUCAGUGACUCUUGUCUUCAAUGCGUGAUCAAUCUGGCAGUUUGGAUUCUAAAAUCUGAAGAGGUUUUAAUUCCACAAUGUUAAGGG